GGUGGAAGAGGUUGCGACUCAAGGUAGAAUUGCUGUAAAUUGUGCAGCUUUGUAUGUAAAUCACCGUCCAGCUCCUCACUCAUAGGCUGGGUUAGGAGCCAAGGGGGCUGUGGGAGCCUAAAGCGGUUUCAACAUUGAAAAGUAAAGCUUGACAGGAUCAGCUCGUCUAACGCAAGUCAGCUCCCCCAUUAGCAUGGGGCAGGUGGACAGAUUGACUGACUCCCUGCUUUCCCCCUCUCUGCCUCCUUCCCUACCCACACCCCUUCCAGUGCCUGAUCUGUGAGCAGAGGAGAUGUUCAGGACAACAACACAGCUGGCGAGCGAGCGGCAGGGAGAGAGAGAAAGAGAGUGUGAGAGACUGCCACACUGACGGCUGGAGGAGAAAAACAGAAAAACAGAAAUACUGGCUGGGUGUUUUUUUUCUCUUCCCUACGCGCCCAUGUGGUUUUUCUUAUCCUCUUGCUCAUGUGUAUCAAACAAUGACUGUAAAAAGAAGGGGUAUCAAGCUCACAUCCUCCAUCAUCCAUCCACACACAUGGAGAGAGAGCGUGGAGACGCUUGCUCACUACACACCCUUUCUGAAGGAGAGAGAGUUGCAGCUGUGGAUGGACCAGUUUAAACAGAGGAUUGCCUGCUACUGAUGAAGAAAGAGCGUUUUCUUUCACAUUGGCUACAUUGAUUUUCCUGAUUGGAUUUUGAUUAGAGGAAAGGACAGUUGGGCUUUUGUUUGUUAAUUUGCUGUUUGGCUUGGUGCAAGGCCCACAGCACAGCACAGCACGGCACGAAGAUUCCCUCCCUUUCCUCCAGGAGACCAGGGAGAUGGUGAGUGAAACUGUCUCUGUACAUCCCUCCCCUGGCUGCAGCUCUCAUUUGUUUGGCCUCUUUUGUGUUCACGACUCGCGGUUAGCCAAGCCCUACCAUCCGCAUUGAAUUGAGCUAUUGUCUGGAUCUCACGCUGCCCCCCCCUCAACCCCUCAACCCCCGAAGCUCCUUUUGACAAACCAAAACCACCCUCACCAACCCCUCCUUCUUCUAUCAUUUCCCGCUUCCUCCUCUGUUGGUUGUGAGGCCACAUCGUUCGUUUGUCUCUGGUCACACGUGAAGCUGGAGGCAUAAGCCUCGAUUAAUGGCAGACGGUGGAGGGUAAUUCAUCGCUGGACACUGCCUCUGCUUUUGGAUCACUCAAGGAAAAGGAAAGGAAGUAACCUUCGCACAUCCUUCUAUUUCUGCCGGAGCAACAGGGCUAGCAUUACAGCUGUUUGUCUGUGAGAUCGUGCCGUGUGUCUUGGGGUGUGUAGUGUGUAUGCGUGUGUGUAGCAGGGAGAGAAACGCAGCGAUAGAGGAGGGAGAGUAAUAUUACGUCAGUGUCCUAGCUCUAUCUGCCUGCUACCAUGUCUCCAGCCUGACCUCGGCUGAGGUGUAACUGGACCACAGAGGUGUGGUUGGAGGGUCCUCCCCCAGUUUGGAUAAGGGGACCAGGGGUAACAACAACCCUCAGGAGGUCAGCCUAACCCCCCCCACUCCCUGCCUCCCCAUGAAAAAGACACAGAGCACCACCCAUUACCGGGCCUGGACCUGCUCGGAUUUCUCGGACCGGGCUUCAGAGCGCACCCGGUCCCGCAGCGGCAAGGACUACCGCCUCCACAAACACAACCCCCCUAAGUACAUCUGCCAGUCCCCCCGGGGGUACAUGACAUCAGGUGAUGUAUCUCCCAUCAGCAUGUCGCCCAUCAGCCAGUCACAGUUCAUCCCUCUGGGGGAGAUGCUGUGCCUGGCCAUCUCAGCUAUGAACUCAGCCCGCAAGCCUGUCACCCAGGAGGCCCUGACAGAACACCUGGCAACAUGUUUCCCAGGUGUGCCCACGCCGACGGUGGAGAUCCUCCACCACACACAGAGCAUGCUGGUCCGGGAGAGGAAGAUCUACCCCACGCCGGAGGGCUACUUCAUCAUCACGCCACAGACCUACUUCAUCACGCCCUCUCUCAUCAGGACCAGCUCCAAGUGGUACCACCUGGACGAGAGGUUACCUGAUCAGAAGCAGCAGCAGCAGUGUACCUCCCCGCUCUCUGGAACCAUUACCCCCUCCACCUCUGGCUGUGUCAGGGACAGGUCCUAUCCUAAGAACCAUAGAGACUCUUAUAAUAAUUACUGUGAUGACCCCCCCAGCCACCAUACCACCCUCACCAGGAAGUCCCCCAAUGAGCACAGAGAGGCCUACUCACCCCACUCCCCUCACACCCCCACACAGCCCCGGCACACCACGGAGAAGAUCCGGAGCACCCUCAGCUUCCCCUUCAAGUCAGACACCCUGACCAAGCACCGAGAGGGGGGCAGCACCGGGGAAAAGCAGUCCAAGAAGUUUGGCAUUAAGCUGUUCCGGCUGAGCUUCAAGAAGAACAAGACCAAACUGACCACCUUCUCGGCCCAGUUCCCCCCGGAAGAGUGGCCUCUACAGGACGAGGAGACGCCCACGGCCGUGCCGCACAACGUGGAGGUGGAGAUCAUCAGACGGAUCAACCCAGACCUGACAGUGGAGAACGUGGUGAGGCACACGGCCGUGAUGAAGAGGUUGGAGGAGAGAGCCCAGAGGAGCAAGGCCAGCUCGUCAGCCCAGCACAGCGCACGCAGCAGGAGGAGCCGCAGACACCGCAAGCCACAGAGUAAGCCCUCAUGCUCCCACAUUAAGACCCGCACCUCUCGGAGAGACCCCUCUGAGGGAUCCAACCUGGACAUGGCGGCUGAGAGGGACUACCAGCCCUACAGCUCCUCCUCCAUGGAACACAGCCAUGGCCGCCACCUGGCUCACAGCAACCCAAACAUCAUGGAGUCCCACCUGCCCGUCACCCCAGAGUGGGACGUGUCAGGAGAGCUGGCCAAGAGGAGGACGGAGAUGCCCUUCCCCGAGCCUUCGCAUGGAACGUCCCACUCCAAGAUGUACCACAGCCACACACAGGAGAGGAAAUCACGCAACGAGCGCUCAGCCAACAAGGCCAAAGAGAGGUCCCGUUCCAUGGACAACUCCAAAAGGCCCCUGGGGGUUGGGCUGAUUGGGCCCCCGGACUACUUUGAGCACAGCCCUGAUGAGAGGGACAGAGACAAGAGGCGCUACUACACAGACGAAGGAACCUUGAGGGCCGCAGCCCAGGCCUCCCACUACUCCCACUCGCGGGACACGCCCCAUGCUGCGAAGUUAACCUCUGUGUGUGGGCCCAACAGAGGGAGGACACUUAAAAAGAGUAAAAGUAGAGACCGUUUACCUGACAACGACCGCUUGAAGGCUUACUCUCCAAAACCCAUGGCUGAGGACUAUUUCCAGUGCAUUGCAUCCAACGAAUUGAUUUUUACCGCUCCCAGCCCCUUACGAAAACAUAAUCAAGAUAGCUUAGCUAAGGUGAAGGUGGGUUGUCCCUCCAACAGACAGACCCCUCACCCCCCAGAGUACAAAGAGGAAACUACAAAGGGACAUAACAGUGUUAGCUUACCAAUGCCCUGUCAGAUGCCUGAACCUUUGCCAAAUGGCCAUUCUGUACAGCACCACAACACCAACUCCAAUAGCAUGGACAAGAGGAAGGAGAUCUUCAGCAAAGACACUUUGUUUAAACCACCGCCCAACGCGUUGCCAGGCACCUAUGGGGACGGCAGCUUCUCCAGGUUGAGUACGUUGAGCAAGACCCAAGUCAUGUCGUCAUCCGAGAUUCUGGACAGCCAGGGGCAAUUUGAGCAGCCUGGCCCCCUGCUAGGUAUGCCCCGGCCCCCUCCCUCUGCCUCCUCGGCUGAAGCCUCCUUCAACUACUACAAUGUGUCUGAUGAUGACGAGCUGGAGGACGCUGCCUCGGCCAAGCGGUCAGAGCAGAAGGCCCCAGAGGGUUGUGGUGGGGGCGAACAGGGCACCAUGCAGUGGCUGCUGGAGAGGGAGAAGGAGAGGGACCUCCAGCGCAGGUUUGAAAGGAACCUGACCUUCCCCAACCCCAAGGAGAGUGACCACAACAACCAGAGUCAGCAGUCGGCCCACUCAGCCAGGCUGGACAGCAUGGACAGCAACAGUGUUACAGUGGACAGUGGAUUUAACUCUCCACGCACACGAGAGAGCCUGGCCUCAAACACCUCCAGCAUUGUGGAGAGCAACAGACGUCAGAAUCUGGCUCUGAGUCCCGGACACCUGGGAAUUGCCACAGGCAACGGUCCACCGUUCACCUUCCAGACCAUUCCAGAGCCGCUCACCACCCAACCUGAGAAACUGCAGAAACCCUCAAACUGUUUGGCCUCCAUUACGAGUGUGUGACAGUGGCUGGAGUGGGAGGUAAAAAAAGAGACAAGUGUUGGGUUUGGGUGUAUACCCUACACCUCCACCUCACUGGGACGGUUACAGCAUACAGACUGACAGGGCCUUCAUAACAUACACCAGCCAGCUCAAGGACUGUUACUACAUCUGUCAUUCAAUGGUUUUGGAUUAGUUAUCUUCCAUUGGGUUAUAUUUGAAUUUGUGAUGCUCACUACUACAAUAACACCACUUCUUCUCACAAGAGGACAUUUAUGAAAAUAUUUAAAAGCAUUGAUCUUUUUCAAACCCAUUCUAAAACUUGAAAAAGAAAAUCAUGUAAUUCUACUGGUUCUUUUAGGUUUUGGUUUUUACUGAGCAGUUUUUAUUUCUUUAAUGUGAUUGGUUUGUAAUUUGUUUUGGUGUCAAAUUUAUAAUCCUAUAAUCUCAGGUCACGUGUAAUAAUUACACUAUUACAUUUCUUUAGCUGUGUGGCUGUUCAGCUUUCUAAACUGACUCUUUAGCCCCCUCUACUGGCUCACAUAGUCGUGCCAUAAUGCCAUGCCUACAGAAUAGUGAUGGGAAGUUCAGCUCUUUUAACUGACUCUGAUCUUUGACUCAUUCAGUCAAAAUAACAAAUCUUUUGACUCAUUUCAUUCGUUUGAGCCAGUAAUGCCCAGAGCACGCAUGAUCCCCUGUUGGCGAACGAUGAACUGAAAACUUGUAAUAGUCAUGAUCCUACAAGCCUCUCGUUCACGUCGCUGUCAUUUGUGCAUGAGACUUGUAAAAGCAUGUUUUAAAAAUGUGUUGAUUUCUGGGCAAACGAAUAACAAUUUAUUGGGCAGGAAAGUAAUUUGGGGGGGGUGUUCUGUGAUUAUUUUCACCUGGGGGGCCUGAUGUUUCAAGGUACAUUUGAAACGAGGUCUAGUUGUGGGCAGCAACCAGACUAGAUUGUAAACGACUCUUGGCCGAAUGCAUUGCUUGACUGCCAUAAGGGUGAUUAGCACAAUAUCAUUACAACUGCGUCACCCCAGACGAUUCGUUUUCGAGUUUGUUGAGCAGAGGCUGUGACUGUUUUGGUUCUACAAAGCUGUGUCCAUCAGAGCAUUCUAUAAUCAAUGAAUUGUAUUCAUUCUUGCACCAUGCGAUAUUGAUCAGUUCUAAACAUGUAUUUUUCUUCUCUAUGCUACCUGAUCUACUUUGCCUGCAGUUGUUGGUCGGAGCACGUCUCCAGAGUUACCAGAGGAGCUCAUAUUAUUCCUGUUGUACACUUAAUUGCGGCCAGUAUGUCGAAUAAGCACUAAAAUGAACGGGUUGGUCAGAAAAUGAGUCAGUAAAAAGAGUAGUUCAAAACGAACUAAUUGUUCGCAAACUGCACAUCACUAAUACAGAGCUCUGCUAGACUAGUAUGAUAACACUUUACAUGAACCCUCUGUCAUAAGUCCUACAUCAUGAUAAUAUAACAUAUAAUAAACCGUUAUGACAACUUAUUUACCAGUAUCAUAACAGAAACAGUUGUUUAGGCCAGCAAAUUGUCUGGGCAUACAGCUAUACAAUACGUACACUUGAGUAAUGGUUCGUGUCAUGACUGUGUCAAGUGAGUUGCCAUAGGCAGACAUAAGGAGCUGCCAUUAUGGUUUAUAAUGUUAUCACAUUAUUAUACCAGUCUUACGUAAGGUGGGUUGGAGGAUACCAGUCCUGGGCAGAAAUGAGUUAUAGUUUAUUUGAAAAUACAAACUUUUCAAAUACUCGUGGUGGUCGAAUAUAGUUUAUAUAGACUUUCAACUAAAAGGCAACUAUUUUCUUUGAAAUUCAAAUACAGGUCUACAUUUUUUAUAUUUGAAAGUGUUUUGAAUACCUCUCAGAAAACCAAAUAACAUUUGAAGGUAUUUGAAUAUAUAUGCAAGUUAUUUGAAAACAAAAAAAAUCAUAUUUGAUGAACCAAAAACUACAACAGUUAGUUUAAUUAGUGUAAAUAUAUGACCAUAAGCACAUGGUUUGAAGGGCUCCUAGAUAUUAAUAUAUUCUAGAAUAAAAUACAUGAGGGACAUGAAAGCCCCUCAACAUUAGACUACUUUUGCGGCUUCAAAAUGACUAACAAAUAUAUUUUCAUAAUGAGUGAGCCAUAAAGUAAUACAGUAAUACUUGACAUCAAGUUCUUAUACAUGUGUAGUAACUUUGUGAUUUUUUUUAUUUUCAAUAGCAACACUGUUACAUAGGACUUUGGAAAUUGCUUUCUAAUUGCAUAAUAAUGGCGUUAUUACAUACGUGGAAUAAGGAACUGUCCCUCUUCCUCGUGUACAGUAGUUACAAAACCUCUAACCUCAUUGCUAUGCAAUUAAAAUGCAAUUACCAAAGUAUUAUGUAACAACGUGCUAAUAAAAUGUUUCUCCAAAAGUAAUUUGUUUUAUUACACAGGCCAAGUGCAGUUUAAUGUUAAGUGUUACAUUGUUACAGUUAGUAUUCUCAGUAUGGCUAUUAAGGGCCCCUCGGGCCCCUCUGCCCGACAGGGAGUUUCAAAGUGGUACUACACGGCAGUCAUGGCCAAUAAUGGAAAAAAACUAACUUUUUUUUUAUUGGAGAAAAAAAUGCGCACUAUUCCUGGUGCUAUUUCUUAGCUGUGGUAUUUUCCUGUUGAAUGCAUUUAAUGUUCAAAGUAACAACAAGGGACUUUUGAAUAUGGACAACGUCAAACGAUCCCCUUUAUAGAGGUAGAUAACGUCCUCUGUCCCCACCCCUCUGAUUUGUACAUUCAGGUUUCAUAUUUAACCCUAUGUUCUCAGAUACUCACUUGAACAACUACCUCCACAACAGGAAAAAGAUAAUGAGUAGUGGCUUUCCUCUUACAAAUCACUGUUGUUAGCCUGUAUCCCUUGAAUGUCAAUAUAAAAACUCUUGAAAUGACUCGCACACAAGACCAUGUCAAAGUGCGGACCUGAACGGCCUCCCAAGUGGUGUAAGGCACUGCAUCACACUGCUAGCUGAACCACUAGAGAUCCUGGUUCGAGUCCAGGCUCUGUCGCAGUGGGCCGUGACCGGAAGACCCAUGGGGCAGCACACAACUGGCCCAGCGUCAUCCGGUUUAGGGGAGGGUUUGCCCGGCAGGGAUGGUCUUGUCCCAUCGCGCACUAGCGACUACUGUGGCAGGCCAGGCACAAUACACGCUGACACGGUCGCCAGGUGUACGGUGUUUCCUCCGACACAUUGGUGCGGCUGGCUUCCAGGUUAAGCAGGCGUUCUGUCAAGAAGCAGUGCGGCUUGGCUGGGUUAUGUUUCUCAGGACGCACGGCUCUCAACCUUCGCCUCUCACAAGUCCGUACGGGAGUUGCAGCGAUGGGACAAGACUAACUACCAAUUGGAUACCACAACAGUUUUAAGUGCUGACUCUCCUUUUAUCAUUCUCACAAUAGAAGAGCUCACCUGUAUGUGCUACUUCACUAUUUACCCUCGCUCUCUCUCGCUCUGCAUUUAUUAGUGGUGUUCUUCUCACUCAGUUCUCACUCUCUGACUCGCUCCAUUCCUCAACAGAAAUGUAAUCACUUCUGUGCAAUUUGAGCAGAAGGUAAUUUCUCCUCUUAUCUGUUAAAUGUUAAGGAGGUCAAAGGUGACCUCUUAUAGCACAGCUUUUCCGUAUGGUACAUCACCGUCCUCUCAGGACUCUUGUGUACCAUCACUACCCAUGUCUCAUACACUAUAAUGAUCAGCCUAUGAAGGGAGUGGUGUCAACCUUAUUACUCUGGUGUUAAAGUUCCAGUUCAAUGACAACGCAUUGAAAUGGUCAAUUUCAGUUUUUGUGAGCUCUUUUCUCUUUUUUUGAUAAUGAUUAACAUUAUCAAUUCCCUUUGAAAUCGAAAUCGACAAUUGCAGCCAAGACUGCCUUGUAUUAUCAUGUUUGCACUGAAAUAAAUGCCUGGUCUGAAUCUCUGGUUGCUGUAAAAUCCAUCCAAAAAGGAUGAUCUGUUUAUAUUGAAAAUAUGUAAUUGUCACGUCCUGACCUGUAAAGGGGUUGUAUGAGCAUUCACAUACCCGCUGUGCCUUGGUCCAUCCAUUACGACGACCGUGACAGUCAUAUGAAAUGUCUUCCCUUCAAUAACAUUGUUUCUGAUUGUGACGGUAUGUCACAAUGUAAAUUAUGUUUGUCAUGCCUAGUAAAAUAAUUUCAAUAAGAGGGAUGUUCUAUUUCUAUAUUAUCUAAAAAGUCUCUUUUUGUGUAGUAAUGGUAUUUACUGUUGUUGCAGUGUAUGUGAUAUAUCGUUUGGGGAUUGUGUUAUUUUUUUAAGAGAAUAAAAUAACAUGUUUGGUUA